UGAUUGGUGUGUCACGGGCGAAUCACCACGCUGGCCUGCCUGUCGGCGAUCGGCUGUGUUUGCGAGUGUGUGUCGUUGUGUUUGUGAGUGCGUGUGUGUGCGCAGCUUGUCGGUGUCUCACCAUCAUGCCAAGGUCUUUCCUGGUAAAAAAGGUGAAACUGGAUGAUUUCUCCACCGGGGCGGAUCUGGAGAACGCCUACCGGCACAGGACAGACCUCAGCCUGCGGCUACAUGACAAAGCUGGUUACAUCAGUGACUACAUCAGCCCUGUUGUGUACGAUGGUGAGAGUGACAGCGGCAUCAAGGUCCCCUCUCCUGAUCCUCUCUACGACGGUAUCCACAGUGACUAUGGGGCUCCCGACUCUGAGUCUCCUGACAGCCCCGGCUCAGAACUCACAGAUGGUUAUAUCAAUGGAGACGCUGCAGUGAGCGAGGGUUACACAGUCGAUGCCUUCUUCAUCACCGACGGCCGCUCAAAGAGGAAAGCUCUCGGCAGCCCCAGGACCAUCCAGAGGCACACCUGCAACGAGUGCGGCAAAACCUACGCCACGUCUUCCAACUUGAGCCGGCACAAACAAACGCACCGCUCGCUGGACAGCAAGCUGGCAAAGAAAUGCCCGACCUGCGGGAAGGUGUACGUGUCCAUGCCCGCCAUGGCCAUGCACCUGCUCACUCAUGACCUCAAGCACAAGUGCGAGGUGUGCGGAAAGGCGUUCAGCCGACCUUGGCUUUUACAGGGCCACAUGCGCUCGCACACAGGGGAGAAACCGUUCGGGUGUGCCCACUGCGGGAAGGCCUUUGCAGACCGCUCGAACCUGCGCGCUCACAUGCAGACCCACUCGGCCUUCAAACACUUCAAGUGCAAACGCUGCAACAAGACCUUCGCGCUCAAGAGUUACCUGAACAAGCACUACGAGUCUGCCUGCUUCAAAGGCCCCUUCUCUCCUCUCGGCCCCCUAGAUGCAUGACCCCCCUAUAUAGAUCAAACGAGACAAAACUGCAGACGUGAAUUACCAUUACCCUUACAGACUUAACUGCAGACACAAACAAUAUAUUUUUGGGUCAGAAUAUGACUUUGCUUUCCCUCCUCACCCCUCCUCACUGGCCCUCUGCCCCCUCCCCCACCUCGCCUCCCUUGGAGCCUAUUCGUGAUAAUGAAUAUGAUGAA